AUGAAUCAGCGCAAAGACUUGAUAGCAACAGGGCAAGUUUUACGUUUAGUGUCACGCAGUGAAUGGAUAGCACAGCCACCGAAUGUGGACUUGAUAAACUUAACACUGCCAGUUCAUCGAGUUAUAAUAGCUCACACUGCAACGGAGCCAUGUGAAACUCAAGCCGAAUGUACUUUUCGUGUCCGAUAUAUUCAGACAUUUCAUAUAGAAUCUCGCGGAUUCGAUGAUAUAGCUUAUAACUAUCUUGUUGGAGGUGAUGGAGCUAUUUACGAGGGCAGAGGUUGGAAUAAGGUUGGCGCCCAUACAAAAGGUUUUAAUGUGGACAGCUUAUGCAUCGCUUUCAUUGGUACAUUCAAUACGGUUGUGCCACCAGAUAGGCAACUUAACGCUGUAAAACUAUUAAUUCUUCAGGGUUUACGAUUACAAAAAUUAAGUGAGGAUUAUAAAUUAUAUGGCCACAGGCAAUUAAUUGCAACAGAAAGCCCAGGUCUUGCCUUAUAUCAGAUUCUACAGACUUGGCCACAUUUUGCAACAGAAUUGGCUUCAAUCAAUCCUAUAAAUAAUAACAAAAAGGCACAAAAUCACACUACAAAUGAUACGCGUACUAUGGGCAUGUGA